GAGAAAGAGAAGGUAAGAGAGAGAGAACUCUCCGGGGGUGGAAGCCGAAAAGGCUACGACUCCGCCAGCCAUGGACAGUAGGGCUAGCCGUCUGCCGAUCACGCCAGCAGUAGCGCGAGGAUGCGAAGGACUUUGGAGCCUUAGGGAAAGAGUGUUGGGAUGGUUUGACCCGGAAGGAACUAUGAAAACCAGGGAGGGACAGAAGACCGGCAAGGAAAGUCCGGAUAACAGUGUGGCAGGCGAUGCCAACAGCUACGAGGGUGGCCUUAAGAAGAUAGUGUCGUCCCUCGCGCGAGCACUAAACAAAAAUCAAGGCUAUCUGGCAGACGCCAAGAAAAAGCAGACUUUCGAUGGAGCAAACAUCACGGAGUUCCUGAUCGACUACGAGAACCUAGCUGCGUUAUUAAAGUGGACCGAGGAGGAAAAUAUGGACCAUCUAGGACAGCAUGUGUCGUUAAGCCUAGGACGAGACAUAAUGGCCAUUGUAGCCGCAAGCCGGUCUUGGAAGGAGACCCGGGAUGUGAUGAUGAGGAAGUACCUAGCGGCAGAGAAAAUGCCAACGGAGGCCGACCUAGCGGCAGUUAAGAGGAAGAACUUCGCAACGUACAAUGAUUUCCUACGGGAAUUUGCUCUGGUAGCGCUAAGGAUCCCCGGGGUCACGGACCGGAUAAUGAGCAAAUAUUUCCUCAGGCAGUUCUCCGAGUUCGACAAAGACAAGAUCCUGUCAGCCUACCAACAGACGAGCAAGUUCGUAAACACGCGAGAUGUUGAUUUUAGCACGAUAACGGAUUUGGCUAAGAAGACAGUAGUAACGAAGACGUUGGCCUUGCUCAAGGAAGGAGAGAUCAUAGAUCUGACCGGUAGGACGGGCGACAAGGCUAGCCCUAGGUUGCUCAAAGGACUCAGACAACUGUUGACUCAGAGGCGAGUAGAAAUAGGCCACAACCCCGAAUUACCAGAAGGGGAGAGGGAGGAGGAAGCUCCGCAAGAAGUGGCUAACCUUCAGAGGAGUCACGGGGGCUUGGAGGAUCUCGAAAAGGCCUUUGCAGACUUUCGUUUGAGCUUGCCCGACCGAGAGGGCGGCGAAGUCAUGAGAUCGCCACCCGGGACGAAGCUUAGCUUUUAUGUGCUGCCCGUAGGGAAACUGAAAAUUCAGAUCGGAGGUCAUCAUACCGACGCAUUAGUAGACGGGGGAGCAGAAAUCACUCUCACAAGGAGAGAUUUCGCAACGAUCGCGGGAUGUACGGUGAACAAGGAAGUAACAGGGAGCAUCCGGGGAGCUGGCGGGGAAAUCCCGUUCGCUGGGUACGUCACGAAGUGUGCGAACGUGGAGAUGAUAGGCAUGCACUUGCACGAUGGCUCAUACAUGGUAGACAUAGAGGACCCUGUGACCGGCCGGGGAGAGCUCCUCCGACUCCUUGGAACAGGAGGAGACCCCCCGAAGGGAAAAUUGGCAACAUGGUCGCCGUCGUUCGAGGAUAGCACGUGGAAAGGGGCUUUCGCACGGAUGGAGGGUAUGAGAGAAAGGGUAGAAAUCAUGAUUGAGGAAGCAUUCAACAAGAAGGAGUGGAUCAAGAUGGGCCUGCCCCAGAAGAAGAGGAGGCAGGAGGUCAAAGUCCUAGGUGUUAUGGUAGCGGAAAAGGAGUCAGAGGUCGAACUUGGUGCUAGCCUGCCCAAACGGAAAGAAGUACGCAUAGACGUGCCGGAAAUCGCACUCGAGAUCCCCGAUCUAUUGCAGCUCAUCAAGGCCCUCAGAUACCACAAGGUCGGGGUGGAUUCGGCAGCCUUGGCCAAGUUCGAAAGAGAGGUGCAAAAGGGAUAUUGCCUGAAUGGGAAACUAAUCCCGGAAGGAAGUGUUCGAAAGUACAAGCCGGUAGGGAAGAAAGCAAAACCGGUCUCGAUCCUGGUAAAGACGUCAAAGGAAGAGGCUAUGGAGAAGGAGGAAGAGGUCCUUCGAGUGAUCCGAGAAAGAAGGACGACGGAAGGACAUCGGAUACCAGAUGAGGUAGCGGACACAAUGAAGAUAGGGAAAGACGGAUUCUUAACGGAAGAAGAAACCCUCCUGAUCAAAAGGACCUGUCAGGAGUUUCACCUGGCAUUUGCCUUUAGUGAUCACCAGAAGGGACGACUGGAUGCGAAGUUGAUCCCUCCGGACAGAAUCCACACGGUAGAACAUGAGUGCUGGAAUGACAAGGGGCCAUCCUAUGAAUUUGGGAUAGCAGGAGAAGUAACAGACCUCCUCCGAGCAAAGAUGGACUCCUUCGUUGCGGAGCCUACGGCAUCGCCAUACGCAAAUCGGUGGUUCGUCUUUCGGAAGCCUAACAAGACACUAAGGUGGAUUCAGGACCUGCAGAAGUUGAAUGCAGUAACCAUCCGGGAUGCUGGCUCGCUACCUCAGACUGACUUAUUAGCAGAAUCGCACACCGGUCGGAGCAUUUACUCCCUGAUACAUUUGUACUCAGGGUACGACCAGCUUUCAUUGGAUGUUCGGGACAGGUCAUACACCGCUAUGCACACCCCCGUAGGCCAGCUACAGAUGCUAGUGACACCUGUAGGAUUCACAAAUGCGGUGGCCGAAGCGCAACGCAGGAUGCUCGCCAUGGCCAGGGACAUGUUCCCAGAAAAAUGUGAACCUUACAUCGAUGACAAUCCGAUCAAAGGCGCGCAGGAGAAGGAUGAGAUGAAAGUCCAACCAGGGAUCCGACGUUUUGUGUGGGACCACCUGCAGGACAUCAAGGACUUACUCCGACGGUUCCUAGUAUACAACAUUACGACUAGUGGACCGAAGAGUAUCCUAGCAGUACCGGAGAUAACUAUACUAGGAUUUCGUUGCGGUGCUUACGGCAGGAAGCCGGAUCCGGCAAAAACCGACAAGAUAUCGCAAUGGCCGACACCGUUGCGCAUGACAACGGAGGUAAGGGCAUUCCUAGGCGUAGUCGACUUUUGGAGGAUCUUCAUUAAGAACUUUGUCAAGAUUGCUGAGCCUAUCCGGGCUAUGAUCAGGGAAGAAGGAACCAUGGAUUGGACGGAGAAGCGAGAAGGAGCUGUCCAAAGGCUCAAGGACAUAUUGACAUCUGAGACAGGCGCCCUGUGCGUGCCUUGUUUUAAUGACAAAGUGGGACGACCCUUCAUCCUAGAGACGGAUGGAGGACCUUUGGUCGUAGGAGGUGUGUUGAUUCAAAGGUAUGAGGGAAGAAAAGAGAGGCCGAUUAGGUUCGAAAGUCGAACCCAGAACUCCGCGGCACGGCGGUACUCGCAAUUCAAGAAGGAAGUCCUAGCCAUCCUGCAGGCCUACCUAUUCGGGAGGCGGUUCAUCCUAAGGAUCGAUCCGACGAAUGUCGCAAGGGCUCUAAAGAAUUACAGGCCUAUAGAUCCGACGGUAGGGAGAUGGGUAGGAUUCAUCUGGCAGUUCGAUUACAAGAUCGAACGGAUUGAUGGAAUCCGCAACAAGGCAGAUGGGCUUAGUCGGGUUUGCAUUACUCCCGAAGGGAUGGAGGAUGCAGAGCCCAUAGACACCUUCCUCGAAUACGAAGGAGGGACUCUCGCGGUGGAUAACGAAAUGAUGAGCGAAGGAUGCACAUCGGGAGAACUAUUGAUCCAAACUUUGGAGAAGGGGGCACCUGCCGUAGUAGCAGAACUUAAGGAAGGACCAAUUACCACUCGGGGACGCAGAGAAGAAAAGGACUCAUGGGGAGCGAUAGUAGGACCGAAAGAGGAACUAAUGGCAAAAGCGGUUGAGGGAGGCCGGGAGGCAGUGAUGAGCUUAGUGGAAUCUUGGGAAAGGAAAAAGUUGCAAUGGGUGGUAAACCAGAUGCGGGAAGGAAAGGAUGGGGGCCAAGAAGGGGAGGAGUUUUUCUAUGUCCAAUCAUACGAAGGGCUCUUUCGGGAGAUCGGGUUGUUGUUGGUGGGAAACAAACAACCUACGGAAGUCAGUAUUAAAGCAAGGGAAGAAGUCGAAAGGUAUAUCCUGGAUGCGCGAGACAACUUGAGUGGGUUCGUGGAGGCAGUCGCCCUCAAGAAAAAGACAGGGAGGAGUGUGGCGGACUGGAUAGAAGACUUCUACUUAAGGCAUCCGUUCGUCAGGAGGUUUAUAGCAGACAAUGGGAUGAAAUUUGUGAACCAAGAAGUAUUGGGGAUGCUUAAGAGACUCUGCGUUCCGAUCAAACUCAUCGAGCCGUAUCACCAUGAGGCCAAUGCACCUAUGGAAAGGGGGCACCGAACCUUGAAGAACACGAUUGCAAAGCUCGUAGCAGACCAUCUGGGGAACUGACCUAGGUAUCUUAAGCAGGCUGUCUUUGCAGAGAAUAUGACUCCUAAAAGGACAACAGGAUGUAUCCCGACAGAGUUGUGGCACGGAAGAGAGAUCGACUUUCCUGUGAAAGCCUUGGUACCUACGUGGAAUAGGCUAAAUGAUGGUCCACAAUGACCACUGAAGAGUUAAUCGAGGCAAGAUGUCAACAAAUCCUUAAAAAUGAG